AGUGCUGUCACUGCUGUCAGUCAGUCUUCUGUCAAGUUGGUUUAGUUUUGUAGCGAUCGUUGCGGAAAAACUGCGUCGGAAAAUCAUAUUAUUGCGUGAAAAAAUAGUAUUGAUUGUAUCCGAUAUUGUGUAGUUCAAAGUGCAGUGUUUAUUUCCUCAGCCUAACAAAUUCCUUGGCACUACAAGGCUGCGGCAAUAUUGAAUAAACAUGUUGAAUUCAUUUUUUCGAGGUCUCCUCGGGACUGAGGAGUCUCCUACAAAAGUCCUUGAAGUGCGAUCUGAUAACUACAUUUCGAGGCCUGUUCUGUACAGAAAAGAUUCUAUGAUAUUGUAUGCACCCAAAAUUCCGCCAGAUACCAAGAAUACUAAGGACAGAUUCUUCGAAAUCAUCCUACAUAAGCCAUUUACUGAGAGCUUGCAUACUAUGUACAGUUUGUUCCGAUCUGAGAAUAAAGAAAUAGCAGAAGAGAGGUUUAUUGUUUACAAAGAAAGGAUACCAGUAUACAUCACUGUGACUAAGGAAUGUACAGUGGCAGGUCUACAGAAACUCUGUGACACAUUGUCAGAGCACCAAUCAUGGACAAUAGCCCAUUUGGUGGCCCACAUCGGGCCACACGAGCUGUUCAACGACCCUGAGGUACAGAAGCAUAUGGAUGACACAGACCCAGCUAAUGGAGCUACUCCUUUGAUGGUGGCAGUGAAGUCAUGCAACCUGCGCAUGGUACAAAGCUUGGUGUCGCUGAACUGUUCCUUAGACGUGGUCGACCUGGACGGCAACACGGUGUUCCACUACGCGGCUGCUAGCAACAAGGAGAUUAUCAAUGUGCUAGCCGGCAAAACAGCUGCAUCUCUGAAUGUGUUCAACAAGCAGGGCUAUACGCCUCUUCACAUGGCUUGCCUGGCCAACGCGCCGGAUUGCGUGCGCGCACUAUUGAUGGCUGGCGCUGACGUCAAUCUUACAGCUGCGCAGCGGUCGGCCACUAGUAUACCAGGUAUCGUAGGCGAUCUGCUGCAAGACAACCAGCCAAAGCUCCACCAGCAAGAUAUGAAGCAUGGAGGCACGCCUCUCCACUGGGCCACAUCCAGGGAGGUCAUUGAACCUUUAGUCGACAAGAACUGUGACAUUAACGCUGUAAACUUCGAUGGCCGAACUGCCUUGCACAUCAUGGCGCUGCGCGGAAGACUCGAUUGCGUCACAGCACUACUCUCCCGAGGCGCAGAACAUUCAAUAGGAGACAAGGAAGGCAAUACACCUCUACAUAUAGCUGUGAAACAAACGAAUAUACCAAUAGUUCAAGCGCUGACAGUUUUCGGCGCGAAUUUGGAAGCCAAAAAUAAGGAGGGGCACACGCCAAGGCAUAGCGUGCCGAUUGAAAUGUCGAAUAGCAACUAUGACAAGAUCUUGUAUGUUCUUCACGCUGUUGGUGCCCAAAGAUGUCCAGGCGACAUGUACGGCUGCCGACCGGGUUGUUCUGCCCGAGGGGAGUAUAACGGAGUGCCUCCUCCCCCCGUAGCCCGCGCCGCCGCCCGAAAAGUCAUCAAUGAUAUGUUGGCGGUGGCUGGUAUAGAGAAGGCGUCGGGAUUUGACGAGGAUAAGAAGUGUGGACGACUUCUCUGCCUAGACGGCGGUGGAAUCCGCGGUCUGGUCUUAGUCCAAGUGCUGUUAACCCUUGAAGAGUCGGUCGGAAGGCCCAUAGUGGACUGUUUCGACUGGAUAGCGGGGACCAGUACGGGAGGAAUCUUGGCGUUGGCUCUCGCCUGUGGGAAGAGUUUACGGGAGUGCCAGAGACUGUACUUUAGGCUCAAAGAGAUUGCCUUUGUGGGAAUGAGGCCAUACCCGUCGGAUCCUUUGGAGAAUAUACUGAAGGAUUGUUUAGGUACUGAAACCGUGAUGUCAGAUAUCAAACACCCGAAGCUCAUGAUCUUAGCUGUCCUGGCUGACAGGAAGCCGGUUGACUUGCACAUCUUCAGGAACUACCAAUCGGCGCAGGAGAUCCUUGACGCGUACAAUGGAACAAACAGUCCCAGGGCAGAAGCAGGCGAUCAAGUGUCAGUGGUGUCAUUACCAGUCCCGCCGCCGCCGUCCGAGCAGUUAGUUUGGCAAGCGGCCAGGGCUUCAGGCGCCGCGCCCUCUUACUUCAGGGCUUCGGGCAGGUACCUAGACGGUGGUCUCAUGGGCAACAACCCUACGCUGGACGCUUUGACAGAGCUAACGGAGCUGAGACUGGCUCUGAACGGCGUCGGUCAGUACGAGGAGGCGCGCGCGACCAACCUUAAGGUUGUGGUGUCUUGUGGCACUGGCCUAAUACCUGUCACGAAGCUGAAGGACAUCGACGUGUUCAAACCAGAAAGUCUAUGGGACACGGCGAGGCUCGCGUGGGGUCUCUCGGCCAUCGGUGGAUUGUUGGUAGAUCAGGCAACGCAAUCCGACGGCCGCGUCGUAGAGCGGGCGCGCGCCUGGUGCAGUUCCCUCGGGGCUCCAUACUUCCGCUUCUCGCCACACAUGUCUGCCGACCUGGCCAUGGACGAGCGGGCCGACGACAAGCUGGUCACUAUGCUGUGGGAGGCCCAGGCUUAUAUGCGCGAGCACCGGGACGAGGUGCGCGAGCUUACGGCGCUGCUUCGAGGGUAGUCAGGUCAGUUUUAAACAGUAAU